AUGAAAUCCACUUCUCUUAUCCUCUUAUUCAUUGUAUCCUUUUUAUUCGUGACUUCUCAUGGCUUAUCAGAGAUUGAAUCUCUCUUGAAAUUCAAGAAAUCUCUUGUUAUUGGGAGAGCAAGUGCUUUAGAGAGCUGGGAUAGAAAGAAUCCUCCGUGCAAAUGGAUUGGUGUGUUGUGUGAUAAAGAGUAUGUUUGGGGGCUACGACUAGAGAAUAUUGAGCUAUCAGGUUCUCUCAACAUCGAGGCAUUGAUGGGUUUGAAGUCUUUGAGGUCUCUUAGUUUCAUGAAUAAUAAAUUUAGAGGUCCAUUUCCAGAGUUCAAGAAACUUGGUGCUCUAAAGUCAAUUUACUUGUCAAACAAUCAAUUCGAUAUAAAGAUACCAAAUGAUGCAUUUGACGGGAUGGGGUGGUUGAAGAAAAUCUACCUCGAACAAAAUAAGUUUAGCGGUGAAAUUCCAAUGUCCAUGGCCAAACUUCCCAAGCUUUUAGAGCUUAGACUUGAUGGGAACCGGUUCACUGGUCAAAUACCUGAAUUCAUACAUAAACCACACAUGUUGAACCUUUCAAACAAUGCAUUAGCUGGUCCAAUCCCAAAUAUUCUCAGUACAAUGGAUCAAACAAUGUUUGAAGGAAACCAAGGAUUAUGUGGAGAACCUUUAGAGAUAAAGUGUUAUUCUCCUUACAACCUUUCCUCCGAGCCUAAGGCGAGCUCCAAAACAAAAUCAUCAAAGGUUUUGUACAUUGUAGCCGCAGUGGUAGCAUCGGUACUGGCAAUACUCAUAAUUCUUGGACUAAUUAUCGUGCUUUGCCGAAGGCGAAGGAACAAGCAACCGUUACUAUCACCAGAACCUGGACCAUCAAGUCUACAAAAGAGAGCUGGAAUCCAAGAAAGUGAUAAAGGACAAAGUAGCUGCCAUUCACACCGUGCUGCAAAGAGGAUGAUUCAUACCACAAAAUUGUCAUUCUUAAGAGAUGACAAGGGGAAAUUUGAGUUGCAAGAUUUAUUGAAAGCAUCUGCAGAGAUUCUAGGAAGUGGGUGUUUCGGAGCAUCGUAUAAGACAGUGUUGUCGAAUGGAUCGAUAAUGGUAGUGAAGAGGUUUAAACACAUGAAUAAUGCAGGAUUUGAAGAGUUUCAAGAACAAAUUACAAGAAUUGGGAGGUUAAACCAUGAUAAUUUGCUCCCAAUUGUGGCUUACUACUAUAAAAAGGAGGAAAAACUUUUUGUUUGUGAUUUUAUUGAGAAGGGAAGCUUGGCUGCUCAUCUCCAUGGUCAUAAAUCUUCAGGCUAUCCAAGCUUGGAUUGGCCAACAAGAUUGAAUAUUGUGAAAGGUGUAGCAAGGGGACUUUUAUACCUGCAGAAAAACCUGCCUAGUUUAAUGGCACCUCAUGGUCAUCUAAAAUCAUCCAAUGUUCUUCUCAGUGAGAAAUUUGACCCUAUUAUGACAGACUAUGGCUUGAUCCCAAUGAUCAACGAAGAAAGCGCACAAGAGCUCAUGGUGGCUUACAAAUCUCCAGAGUACUUGAAACAAAGUCGUGUGACCAAUAAAACUGAUGUCUGGGGGCUCGGUGUACUCAUCUUGGAGAUUUUAACGGGAAAAGUCCCGGAGAGCUUCUCGCAAAGCGACAAAGAAAGUGAGGCGGACAUGGCAAAUUGGGUGAAGUCAAAUUUCAAAGGAGAAUGGUCAAAAGAAUUGUUUGACCAAGAAAUGGGGAAAACUAACAAUUGUGAAGCAGAGAUUCUCAAACUCUUAAAGAUUGGACUGAGUUGUUGCGAAGUAGAUGUGGAGAAAAGGUUAGAUAUAAGAGAGGUUGUCGAGAUGUUGGAAGAUUUAACGAAGGAGCGAGAAGGAGACGACGACUUCUACUCAACAUAUGCGAGUGAGGCUGAUGGGAGGUCAUCAAGGGGAGUGUCAAGUGAGGGAAUUAACUUGUCAUGA